CGAGUCGUCAAUUCCCGCUGUCCUACUGCCGUUAACAUUGUUAUUAAUCAUACUCGCGUAAAUGAUAUGAUAUGUUCUCUACGCGCCAUCCGACCGUCGGUUAUUGAUGAAAUAUAAUAUAUACUGUUGCCCACAAUAGAACGGAUCGUGCAAUAUUAUUAUUUACAUUAUUUUCGAUCGAAGUGAUUUCGGCGGAUCGUAUAUAUAUAUAUAAUAUUUGCCACGGUGCGCGUAUCAGCGUCGGGCCAUAUCACAUUCGUCACUAUAUAACUAUACCCGUUUAUGUCAAAUCGUCGUAAAGAUCCAUCGUACGCCGAUGAUCUAUCUUCCCGAGUCGUAUAACAUCGAUCGGUAUCGAUCGCCACCGUCGCCGCCGUAACGCAUCGUCGUAGUAUCCUGCGAAUCCGCGAGCCGUCUCUCGAUCGGCGCGCAGCAGGUCCACAGCGGGGGUGCACUUUAGAACAUCGAUCGAUCGGAUAAAUACACACUACCCAGAGUAACGGAGACUUGAACGCACGGACCGUAAUCAUGAGGAACUUAUUCAGCAUGCUCGGUUUGUCGUACACGCCUUCCAAAGGCGACGGCCGGCGCGCCAGCUACAGCGCCGUGCCCGCCGAUCACAGGAGACGUUCGUCGGCGGCCCGGCGUCAGAGCUAUGGGGCUAACAGGCGAAAGAGCUUGGACCCGGCUGCGGUUCUUGGCCGACACCUGUUCGACGGCCGCCUCGCCGAUCCACGGACAAGACAUACGUGUUUGAUAUCGUUGAUGCUGAUUGGCAUUUCCGCGCUUGUUCUGGGUACGCUAAUUGCCGUGUUCGAUCCAUUUCAAUUAAUACUCAAAUGGAAACUCGUAAUGAGCAAAGGUGAUGAAACGUUCGAGAUGUGGAAAACACCAGAAGCAGAAGUUUAUCUAAAAGUAUACAUAUUCAACAUAACAAACCGUGAAGAUUUCUUGUCCGGGAGAGACGAAAAAUUGCGGUUUCAAGAAGUCGGUCCAUAUGUCUACAGGGAAAAUUCGGAACACAAAAACGUAACGUUUAACAAUAACGAUACGCUGACGAUGACGCCUGUAUUUCCGUUGACAUGGGUGCCGGAACUGAAUACUGGCAGAGAAGACGACGUGUUGAUAUUACCAAACAUAGCCCUCCUGAGUUUUGCCAGUGUUAUGGCAGAGGCAUCUUUGAUUACCAGGAUGGGUGUCAAUCUACUUAUUCGCCAAACGAAAUCCAAACCAUUUAUCAGACAAACGGCUAAGGAGUUCAUGUUCGGUUAUGAGAGUGCAUUAGUGACUAUAGGCAACAAGUUUUUGCCGUCAUGGAUCGCGUUUGACAAGCUGGGCCUUAUAGACAGAAUGUAUGACUUUACCGGUGACAGCGCAACGAUAUACACUGGUUCAAGUGACGUGUCCAAGUCCGGAACCAUAGACAACUACAACAGAAGACCGUAUCUGCCUCAAUGGCCAUCGUCGCCUUGCAACAAAGUGACAGGUGCUUCAGACGGUACCAAGUUUCCAUCAGAGUCAGACAAUGGCACAGAAAUGAUGUUCUUCAGGAAGUCUCUCUGCAGGGCAAUUCCGAUGGUGAAAACGAGUGAGCUAAUGAUACACAGUGGUCUGCCAGUGCACAAAUAUAUUUUCGAAAACGGAUCAUUGGACAACGGGGCCGACAACCCAAAAAAUAAAUGUUUUUGCCGUAAAAACAAAUGUUUGAAACCGGGACUGAUCGAUGUCACCGACUGUUAUUAUGGUUUUCCUAUUGCAUUAUCUUACCCUCAUUUUUACAAGUCCGAUGAAUCGUUAUCAGACGCCAUCGAUGGAAUGACUCCCGAUCAAACGAAACACGAAACCUAUUUUCUUAUCAACCCGGAAACGGGUAUGCCCACACAACUGUACGUCAGAAUGCAAAUUAACAUUGCUCUAGGUGACAUAUCGGACAUGGCAAACACGGAACAUUGCAGCAACUUAGUUAUACCAUUAGUGUGGACAGAGAUUGGAUUCGAAAAGCUGCCCGAUCACAUGCUGACCAAGUUCUUCGUGUACCUCCGGGUCGGCCCGGCCCUGUUCGUCGGGCUCAAGUACGCGCUGCUGGUCGGCGGCGUGGCGUUCGUCGCCCUCACCGUGAUCGCGUCGCUGUUCAUACCAAUCGACGACGAACUCAGGUACCACAGCUCGUCGGCGUGGCGCCGCGAGAGCCAGACGCUGACCGGCGGCCUGCAGCGGGACGCGACGCCCACGAUACGCGUGCCGAUACCCGUGGCCGCGGCCGCAGCGGCCGGCAAAGAGAUGAACACGUACUACAACUCGCUGUUGGACGGCGACGGCGCGGCCGCGGCCCGGCUCAACGACGACCUGUGCGGCCGGCUGGACGUGGUGCACGAGGUGAGGUCGCCCAGAGGCAGUUGCACCGAGUCCGAGUACGACGAAGACGACGAAAACGACCGAAUCGUAGUGUGACCGCGACCGGACCGGUAACGUCGAACGCGAACGAAUGUUUAUAACAAUAUUACGAUCUGCAGCAUUUUGUAAUAAUAUCAUUAUAUUAUAUUAUAUGCAUUAUAUUCACAGUUAUUAUACAUAAUAUAAUAUAAUAUAAUAUAAAUAUAUUUAUAUCAUCAUCAUCAUCAUCGAACUGUGCGAUAUGAUAAUAACAUGUACAUAAUACUCGUGCAGUCGUGCGAAUAAUAUAUUAUUUAUAUUAUAAUAAUAAUAUUUAAUAUAAACGCCAUUCGAAAGGGCAAAAUAAAAAAAAUAAAAAUUCACAGUUUUUGUUCCAUUACGUUUCGAAGUUUGCCAUUCCUCGUUUUUAAACCGUAAUAAUAUUAUGUAAUGUUUAUUCUGCAUAAACGUAUAAUGAAUAUAAUAUAAUAUGGUAAUAUAUUAUUAUAUAAUAUUAUAUCGAUGCGAAAAUGUGAUAACCUAGGUCUAAGUUAUUAAAAUGUGAUUUUUUAUAUUAUAUUUUACCAUAUAAACUGUGCGGUGUGUAUGCACUUUUCGGUGUCGGCCUCCGUGCGAUCGGUCCGUAUAUUUAUACAUAUUAUUAUAAUUUAUAAUGAGUAGGUACGCGCGUUUGUGGUCGAUCUGCCCAUUAACCGCUCACAAUCACCGGAUAAAAAAUUAUACGGCCGUUUUUUGUUGUUUUUUUUUUUCGUUUUUAAUGUUCCGUUGCGCCUACAAGUCGUUGUUUGGCGUUUCUCGGAAAGUUAUACCUACUGCGUGUAAACCGGUAACGCCCACCUUAAUUAAUUUUUUACUAUUAUGCCCGAACAACAGUCGUAUUAACCUAAUACGUGCAAAUACCAUAAAAUACUAUGCCCAUCGAUCGGCUAUUAUCUUACUGUCGUCGGUGCCAUUCGACCUCAAAAUAUAUAUAGCACUAGUGAUUUUAUUUUCCGGUAUAAUACAAAAUAUUUAUAUUAUAUUGACCGCAAACGUGAAAAAUAUACGUAUCGAUCGCAUUUGUCCAAAAGACCAUAAUUUUUUUUUAUUUAUAUAUAGUUAUAUAUUUGACAUUUGUUUUGUUUACAUAAAUGUGGAACAUUCGAUACAUUAAUAUAUUAUAUUAUAUUUUACUAUUAUAUAUUUUUUUUUUUUUUUUUUUACUUUGGCUGAGAAGUCAAAAGUACUAAUUUUACUGUAACGUUUAAUUUAAUAUUAUCUAGUAUACCUAUAUACUGGCACAGCCAUAUUGAAAUGUAUCUCUAAGGCUGUCAUUAGUACAUAAGUGUUGUAAAUUGGAUUUACUUGUAUUUAUCUAAAAUAAAUAUAAAUGGAGAAAAGUAUUCUUCCGAUUAAAACCUUA